AAAUGUUUUGAAAUUCACGUAGAGCAUUAAAUUUUGUUGCAGUUUUUGAAUACGUUUGGUAUGCAUGUUGCUCUAGCGUUAUCGAUUUCAACACAAUAAAGCCGUGCGUACACAAACAACUGUUAACCAACACUACUGGCCGUCGCUCAAUCCGCAACAUUAUGAGCUCAUUACGCAGCAUUGAAAUAUUUCCUGUUCACGGUCUAAGCGAAGAAAAGAAAGUGAUAGAAAUAAUGAAAAUGCCGCCUACAAGUCUUGCAAUUCGCUCUAGCGUGGCUGUUGAGCUGUGGUCGUCAGCUGGUGCUAAACAGCCCUACGAGCACAAGCCCAAUUUGCCGCGAGAGGAGACGAAAAGUUCGCGCUCGAUCUGCUUCAGUCCGGAUGGCCGCCACUUUGCCUACUCUAACGGGGUCGAGGUUAAGGUGCUGCGUGUGCCCGCUGCAAACGAUGCCAAUUGGGAGGUGGAAUGCAAGCUGCCGCGACCAAAGGCCUUCUAUCUCAAGUUCUCGCCGCGUGGCAAUUACCUGUGCACAUGGGAGCAUUAUGCUAUAACCAAGGAUCGGCCCGAGGGCUCUGCCAAUUUGCUUGUCUAUGAGAUCGCCACUGGCACCGAAGUGUUUGCCAUUGUGCAAAAGAAUCAAACAGACUGGGAACCCUCUUGGUCAUCGGAUGAGUCUAUCUUUGCGCUAGUUGUUGGCGGCGAGGCACUUUUCUACGAUUUGGGUGCCGGCACUGCUGGAUUUGCCAGCACAUCGCGUAAAAUUGGCGGCAGUCGUGGCGGCAUGUUAUCACUGGGUCCAGGACAUUGUCCACCGUUCUUGGCAUUCUACACGCCGGGCGCUAAAGGCGCACCUUCCAUGUGCAAACUGUACAAAUAUCCGGCGUUGGCUCAGAAUCAAACGGUGGCCUGUAAGAGCUUCUUCCAGGCGGAUCGUGUGGAUAUGCUGUGGAACAAGCGUGGAACUGGCGUGCUGCUGGUCACCAGUACCGAGGUGGAUAAGACUGGUGCGUCCUACUAUGGCAAUCAGGCACUGCACUUUAUGGCCACCAAGGGUGACACUUGCUCUGUGCCUUUGUCCAAGGAGGGACCCGUACACAGCGUCAAAUGGAGUCCCAAGGCGACUGAAUUUGUUGUCGUCUACGGCUUCAUGCCUUCCAAGGCUGCGUUAUACAAUCUCAAGUGUGAUGUAAUCUUCGACUUUGGCGAGGGACCACGCAACAGUGCCUACUUCAAUCCCUUUGGUAACCUCAUUGCGCUGGCUGGCUUCGGCAAUCUGCCCGGUGCCGUCGAAGUCUGGGAUGUCAGCAAGCGUGAGAGGCUGGCCAAUCUAAAGUGUGCCGACACCACGCACUUUGAGUGGCAUCCUAAUGGCGAGUGGUUCGUCACAGCUACCACAGCGCCGCGUUUGCGCAUAAGCAAUGGCUUUAAGAUCUAUCAUUAUUCGGGUGCCUUACUGCAUGAGACUCUGUGGCCGCAGGGCCAAGAGCUGCUUGGAUUGGAGUGGCAACAAUAUCCAGACAAUACGUUUGCCGAGCCAAAAAUCACAAAGGCCAAGCAUGAGGGCAUUAAAUCCAGCCAGCCGGAGGCUAGCAAAAAGGCCUAUACGCCGCCACAUUUGCGUCUGCUCAAGGAGGGCAAGAAUCCAGAAAAAUACUUGCCACAGCCCACAGUGCCGGGACUUGCCGUCCAAGGAGGAGGAGGAGCAGCAGCAGGUUCGGCUGCGAAUAACAAGAAUAAAAGGAAAAAUAACAACAAUAACAUCAACAAGACCAAGGGCAACAACAAUAUCAAUAAUAAGCGCGAAGCUGGCGAUGCCAAUGCGACAACAGCUGCAGUUACAGCUGCUCCCACUGAAAGUCAGGAAUCGUUCAAGCAAAAUCCACGACCACGUCAGCAACAGCAACAUCAUCAUACUCAGCAGCAGCAGUCGGAGCAAUCACCGUCCCUGGCCAAUGGCAAUGUUGGGCACAACAAUCACAACAACAGCAACAAUAAUAGCGAAAAGGAUCGCAAGAUUCGCAGCGUGGCCAAGAAGUUGUCCGACAUUAAGAAGCUGAAAUCGCGUCAGAGUCAGGGUGAAACGCUCGAGUUGAAUCAAUUGAAUAAGAUUGAAAUGGAAGCUAGCUAUUUGGAUGAGCUCAAGGCGCUCAAGUUAUCCGCUUAAGCAAUGUUUGUGCCAUUCAAUUGUUUAUAUUUGUGUGUGUGAUACAAUCAAAGUUUAAGCAGCAGCAGCAGCAACUACAACACGACGAAACACUGAUGAGUUGGUUUUCCUGGGCCCCAAUCCUAAUCUAUUAUGUAUUUUUUGGAAUUUUUCUUCCCGUAUAUUAAUUGCUACAAAUGAAAUGUUAGUAACUGUUUCCUUUACGUGCGCAAAAGUUUUUUCAAAGUUUAAAAAAAUGAAAUAACAUUUUUCUACAAUUGUGAUUGCUAUCUUUUUAAUAUUUCGUUUUUACAACAAAAACAAUUUCUGUACCAAAUUUGUGCUACUAAGUAAUAAAGAAUUUCUGGAAGAGAACAAACUAACACA